AUGAUCCGGGACAUAUACUAUUCGGUUGACUAUUGUGUUGAUCGGCUAGUUUCUGAUAUGGAAAAGUUGAAGUUGUAUCGAGAGAAACUAAGGGAGAUGACUCAAGAAGUUGAUGAAGAUACAAGAAGUGUACAACCCAUGACGAACAGAGGCUUCAUUGAAGCGGUGUUUGGUGUCGAGAAGCGAGAUGAAGUAAAAGUAAAAAUUCCAGAAGGAAUUAGAAACAAAGGUAGCGGGCCGGUUAAGAAAAGGAUGAUAGGAGAAAAAGAGAUGGCGAUUUUAAAGGCUAAAAAGGGUUCGAUAAAAUGUGGACGAUGCGGGGAGUAUGUUGAUCAUAAUGCUCGCACUUGCAAGAAAAAAGCAAAUGACUCUGCUUCUAAAUAG